UCUCUCUCUCCCUGCUCAGAGUUCCCGUGUUCGGGGAUGCUGGGCAUGGUGUCCGGCCUGAUCACGGACCCUCAGAUCACGGUCUCGUCCCACACGGACCGGAGCUGGGUGUCUGAGAACGCCCGUCUGCUGACCAGCCGCUCAGGCUGGACCUUGCUGCCCCAGCCCCAGCCCUUCACCUCCGAGUGGCUCCAGGUGGACCUGGGGGAGGAGAAGCUGGUGCGAGGCCUCGUCAUCCAGGGAGGGAAACACCGAGAGAACAAGGUCUUCAUGAAGAAGUUCAGACUGGGACACAGCAACAACGGAUCCGAUUGGAGGAUGGUGCCGGACGCCAACGGCAACAAGGCGAAGAUCUUUGAGGGGAAUCUGAACUACGACACCCCAGAGCUGAGGAGCGUGGAGCCUUUGCUGACCCGCUUCAUCAGAGUGUACCCAGAGAGAGCCACCCCCGCUGGGAUGGGCCUGCGACUGGAGCUCCUGGGCUGUGAGAUGGAAGCUCCGACCCUACCUCCGACCACGCCAGCCCCCAGCAUCACCCCGUCGGACGAGUGUGACGACGACCAGGCCAGCUGCCACAGUGGAACAGGUGAUGACUACGAUGUGACAGGUGGGACAGUGGUGUUGCCUGAGGCUACAGUGGAGAUGGACACUAAACCAGCGUUCCAGUGGUUUGCGUGUGACUUCGGCUGGGCCAGCGACCCCUCCUUCUGCGGCUGGUCGUCAGAGGACACCGGCUUCAGGUGGCAGAUACAGUCUAGCGGAACCCCCACCCUCAACACCGGGCCCAACAUGGAUCACACAGGCGGGUCAGGGAACUUCAUCUACACUCUAGCGACCGGCGCCCAAGAGAACGAGAUCGCUAGGUUGGUCAGUCCGGUGGUGAGCCACGACCAGGGGGCCGACCUGUGUGUCUCCUUCUGGUACCACAUGUUCGGCUCUCACAUCGGCACGCUGCACGUCAAGCAGAGGAAGGAGACAGUGGAAGGUUGGGCUGAUAUCCUGCUCUGGACCGUAAGCGGUCACCAAGGCAACCGCUGGCGUGAAGGGCGGGUGCUUGUGCCGCAUUCCAGUAAACCGUAUCAGGUGGUGAUUGAAGGUUUGGUCGAAAGGAAAAGCUGGGGCGACAUCGCCGUUGACGACAUCAGAAUACUCAGCGACCUCAGCAUGACGGAUUGCAAAGAUCCUGAUGUGCCCACAGAGGCAAUGCUGCCUGAGGACCGCUUCAAUGAAAUACCUGAUGACAUCACAGAUUAUCCGGACGUGGUGGAGAGUAAUGAAAUCAGCGGAGCUGGCAACAUGCUGAAGACCCUGGACCCCAUCCUCAUCACCAUCAUCGCCAUGAGCGCCCUGGGGGUGUUCCUGGGGGCCAUCUGCGGGGUGGUCCUCUACUGUGCAUGUUCCCACGGGGGUCUCUCAGACAGGAACCUCUCCGCCCUGGAGAACUAUAACUUUGAACUAGUGGACGGAGUGAAGCUAAAGAAAGACAAGCUCAACUCACAGAACUCGUACUCCGAGGCGUGAGGGGGGGGGGGGGGCAGGUGCGUGUGUGUGAGCGGGCGUGCGAGCACAAGACUGUAGGCAGGGAACUUCUCUCAGAGAGCGGACGAGCUAAAGGGACUGCCAGCAGCGUCUCAUUGGUUGACGACAAGUUCAGGAACCAAUGGGAGGCUUGGACUGAUCCGUGAUUUACUCAGGAGCUGCAGUAAGAAUAACCUUCCAGUAGGGGACACUGUGUACAAAAUGAAA